UAGCAUCUACUGACAGCUCUGGGUCAUGUGAUGGCUGUUAGGGUGGCUUUUCCACUCCCAGGCUGAGCUUGUCAGCGAGGGGGUUGGUCCCCGGCAUCUUGCAGCUUCCAAGAAUGUAGGAAAUGAGUAGAGAGGAAGGGAGGGGGGGACUGCUUUGUUGCCUUUCUCCCACCACUCACUCUGCCUUUCUGACCCACCCCAGACUGGAGAGGCGCGGGAUUGUCAACCCCACCUACAAGGAGCCUUAUCACGAGGCUCUGCCUGUCUUGGUUUCCCUAAAUGAGGAGAAGAGAUUAAAUGGACCUUUGCGGUCAGCCUUGGCUGCUGAGGGGCACUUAGCUUGCUGAUGAGUGAGAUUAGGCUUCUGCAGUCACACUCUCCAGGAGGAGACAAAGGAGGUGGGGUACAUUACAAUCAUGUUUGCUGUAGCCCACGUUCUGAAGCGACCCACAGGAUGGCAAGAAGGCAGGCUGUCCAUUGUGAAAAUACAGAGCAGCAUCUGCCUGUGAAUGGCCAUAUUCUCCUUCAGGGCUUUCCGGAUUUUCUGUCUCAGGAAUCCCCUGCGCUGCUGACUUUUUUUCUCUCUCUCUUCUUUGGGGGGAAUCCUGACUCCGAGAGAAGCUUCCUUCUGCAUCUGUGGGGUUGCCUCUUUUUCCCUUUUUCUGCUACAGCGUGGAAACCGCUUGUGUUUUCGUUAAAUUCAGACUUCUCAAGCUGUCACCUGACAGUCUUGUGGUUCUGGAUGAAUGUGGAUCAUUUCUAUUAUUAACCUGAUUUGGCAGCUGGUUUUAAUAACAAGAGUUGCAGAAAUUCUGAAAAGUGGAACCCGCUUGAGGGACAGAGAUGCUUUCCAGCUGGCCUUUGCCGGAGUUUAAUCCAAGUCAGAUCCGACUAAUUGUGUACCAGGACUGUGAAAGAAGAGGGCGAAAUGUUUUAUUUGAUUCCACUGCCAAGAGAAGAACUGAAGAUGUGUCAAUCUCGAAGCUCUGCAGUGAUGCACCAGUGAAAGUGUUUGGAAAAUGUUGCCAGCUCAAACCUGGAGGAGAUAGUUCAUCUUCUUUGGAUAGUUCAAUCAAUUCCUCUUCUUCUUCUACUGAAACAAAAGAACAUUGCCCAAAAUUUCAGUGCUUUCUGCCAAGUAAUCCCAUAUUCAAUGAAUGUGCUGCAUCCAGAAUUAAAGAGGCAGACCACGUAAAUUCUUUAAGAGGUGCAGAGGGAGUGGAUAAGGGUUCUCGAUGUUCUUCAGAUGCCAACAUGCUUGGGGAGAUGAUGUUUGGCUCUGUGGCUAUGAGCUACAAGGGUUCAACUUUAAAAAUCCACCAGAUUCGCUCUCCUCCACAGCUUAUGCUGAGCAAAGUUUUUACAGCUCGAACAGGAAGCAGUAUUUAUGGAAGUUUAAACACGCUUCAAGACAGUCUUGAGUUUAUUAAUCAAGAUAAUAAUACUUUGAAGCCAGAUCAUACCACAGUUAUGAAUGGACUGCUUAUGAACAUAGGUUUCUCACAGCUUUGCAGCCCUAGGCGGGCAUUCUCUGAACAAGGUCCGCUCCGCCUGAUCCGGAGCGCCUCUUUCUUUGCAGUUCACAGCAACCCUAUGGACAUGCCUGGCAGAGAGCUGAAUGAAGACAGAGACAGUGGAAUUGCAAGAUCUGCAUCUCUUAGCAGCCUGCUUAUCACUCCUUUUCCAUCUCCGGGUUCUUCACUGAACAGAAGCUGUGCUAGCAGUUACCAACGGCGCUGGCGUCGCAGUCAGACGACAAGCUUGGAGAAUGGAGUCUUCCCAAGAUGGUCAGUGGAAGAAAGCUUUAACUUAUCAGAUGACAACUCCAGCCCAAAUCCAGGAAUUGUCAGGAAAAAGAAGAUAGCAAUUGGGGUGAUAUUCUCACUUUCAAAGGAUGAAGAAGAAAAUAGCAAAUUUAAUGAGUUCUUUUUCUCACACUUCCCUCUUUUUGAGAGCCAUAUGAAUAAGCUGAAGAGUGCAAUAGAACAGGCUAUGAAAACAAGCCGUCGGUCAGCUGAUGCCAGCCAACGGAAUUUGGCAUAUAACAGGAUUGUGGAUGCCUUAAAUGAAUUCAGAACAACAAUUUGCAAUCUCUAUACUAUGCCACGGAUUACAGAACCAGUUUGGCUUACAAUGAUGUCGGGGAUGCCUGAGAAGAACCAACUCUGCCAUCACUUUAUGAAGGAAUUUACUUUCCUAAUGGAACAAGCUUCCAGGAACCAAUUUUUACCUGCUCUUCUAACUGCAGUUUUGACAAACCAUCUGGCCUGGGUUCCAACUGUCAUGCCAAAUGGCCAGCCACCAAUUCGAAUAUUUCUAGAGAAGCAUUCCUCACAGACAGUGGACAUGUUGGCAAAGAGUCAUCCAUACAAUCCACUGUGGGCACAAUUAGGAGAUCUGUAUGGAGCCAUUGGAUCACCUGUGAGACUAUCAAAAACAGUUGUGGUUGGCAAAAGGCAAGAUCUUGUGCAACGUUUACUUUAUUUCCUUACUUAUUUCAUAAGAUGCUCAGAGUUGCAAGAGACUCAUCUUUUGGAAAAUGGUGAGGAUGAAGCCAUAGUAAUGCCUGGUACAGUCAUCACCACAACACUAGCAAAAGGAGAGGUGGAGGAAUCUGAAUAUGUGCUCGUCACAAUGCACAAGAACAGAAGCAAUCUAUCCUUUCAAGAGUCUGAAGAAGUAAGAACUUCUGACUGCAGUUGUAAAUAUUGCAAAUGCCCUGUUAAUCCUAAUCAAAAGUCAGAUAGUGUUUCAGGACUGGAAAAAGAAGAUUCACAGAAUGGCCUAAAGAUGGAUAAAGCUGCUUCAUGUGAAAGCAGUGUGGAGCCUUCUAAUGUUCAAGAAAAGUCUGUUGAAGUUAAAUGCAAAGAAGCAUCAAUGCCUUGUGCAGGAAUAAACUUAGAAAGAAUAGUCUUCACAGGAUCAGCAUCUGUGGAAACGUGUGUGUUGCCAGAGUCCAGAUUAGAACCAACUGGUGGAUUAUGGCAGAAUACAGAAUUGAUGGAUUCUGACAAUCAGCCUGUUGAACUGUUGAGAUCAACAAGUACAAUGGUAGAGAAGAAACCGCCUGAUAAAACGUCAUCUCAUGCAAUUCCUUGUAGUGCGGCUGAAGUUCAAACAAAGGUGACUUUCCUCAUUGGAGAUUCUAUGUCCCCUGAUUCAGAUAUUGAGGUGCGAAGUCAAGUGGCUGAAGAACAAAUGUCCAGGCACAGCAGCCAUAUGGAGAUCGAAGAAGGAACAAUGGCUGAGCAGAACUGUGAAAAACAAACCCUUGAGGACCAAAAAAGAGAUCAGAAUGUGCCUGAAAAGUUCCCUCAGGUUACUAUUGAGGUCCAGAAUUGGAGUCCUUACGGAGCGGAAAGUGCAAAUUUGCUUACCGAAUAUUUUACUGAAGAAGGUUCUGUUGUAACCAGGACUAUAGAUGAUAUUCCAGUGGAAACAGCAAGAGACAUUCUAGACUCUAGUAGUAGCUUAGAAUUUCCACUCAAAACUUUGAGUACAAAGAAUAACAAAUCCCCUAGUGAAUUUUGUAAGUUUAUGGAAUCUGUUCGUCAAGAGACUUGUAAAAACUGUUUUGCAGAGCAGGACCAAAGAGAAAAUCUCUCCAUAUUUAUCCCCCAUGGGGAAAAAGAGAAUUUAGAAAAAAAAUCUGAUCCAGGUGUGGAUUGGGACAUUCCAAGGAAUGAGAGUUCUGAUAGUGCUCUUGGUGACAGUGAAAGUGAGGAUGCAGCUCAUGAUACUGCAAGGACAAGCAGCAAUUAUUAUGGGGCAGAGCAAGAAGAAUGGACAGAAGAAGAGGACAUACCAUUUCCUGGGUCAAAAUUAAUUGAAGUGAACUCUGUCCAGCCCAGUAUUGCCAAUUUUGGAAGGUCCUUGCUAGGUGGCUACUGUCCAUCUUACGUACCUGACUUUGUUUUGCAAGGACUAGGAAAUGAUGAGAAACUGAGAUACUGUUUGAUGUCAGAUUUGUCGCAUGCUGUGCAGCAUCCUGUUCUGGAUGAACCAAUUGCAGAAGCUGUCUGCAUUAUUGCAGAUACUGAUAAAUGGACAGUGCAAGUGGCCAGUAGCCAGAGACGAAUCAUCGACAACAAACUUGGGAAAGAUGUACUAGUCUCUAACCUUGUCUCCAACCUGCUUCAUUCCACUCUUCAACUUUAUAAGCAUAAUUUAUCUCCAAAUUUUUGUAUCAUGCACCUAGAAGAUCGGUUGCAGGAGCUGUAUUUUAAGAGCAAAAUGUUGUCGGAAUAUCUCAAAGGCCAAAUGCGGGUUCAUGUGAAGGAACUGGGAGUAGUACUGGGGAUUGAAUCCAGUGACCUCCCUUUAUUGGCAGCUGUAGCAAGCACCCACUCUCCUUAUGUUGCCCAGAUUCUUCUCUAAAACCCCAAAAGGGCAAAGACAAUAAUUCUAUUUUUAUAAAACGGAAGACAAGGAAACAGACAUGAACUUCCAUUUUCCAGACUCAUUCUUCCUUGCAGGCAAGUGACUUGAACAACCUGCCAGCUUGAUAAUGUGCCUCUGCAAGUGAACACAUAAAUGUACAAACAUGUUCCCCUUCUUUUCCUUGCCUAUUCAUUUAAAAAUCAACCAACCAACCAAUGGAACAGAGAUUCAGAUUACUAAAGAAGACACUAGAGCUUGGAGUACUAUACAUGGUUUGGACAAGGAUUGCCAAAACAAUUGUAACUGCAGACUGUUGAAUUACAGGAUCACCAGAAUGAAGAACUCCUUUGUGGCCUCCAAAGUGCUGUUGGUGCUUGUACAAGGGAUUGGAAACAGCUAAUGUUUGAAGCCAAUUAAUAGUAUAUUUACAAUGCAUAAUGACAAAGGUCUUUUUGUAACCAAUUCAACUGCAUUAGCAGUACAACAAAAUGUUUAUUUGAUAAAAGCAGGUAGGAUUGUAACCAAUUCAACUGUGUCAGAAGUGCAGAAAUUAAUUUGUUAAUGGCAUGUAGGAGUUGCGAAGGUAGUGUGCAAUUCUUUCCAUAGGAGGAGACCUGGGUGUAAUAUUCGUAUGAAUGCUUGAUAUUGAUUGAGAAUGAAUGAAUAAAUAUGAAUAUAUAUAUAUUCAUAUCCCCCCCAUUUGGGUGCGAAAUUGACAUUAUGCUUGUUAUGUUCUGAUGUUGAUACUACUGUUUAAAGAUUACAGAAAACAAAUAUUUGUUUUUUUAUAAAAAAGGAAAAAGCUGAACAAAUGUUCUGUAAUAUUUUGUUAGUUUUUUUAACAAGAAUUUCUUCCCCUUUUGAUCAAGCUUCAUUUGGGAGGCUAUAAAGAAAAACUAGGUGCUGUUAAACCUAUUUUUUUUAAAAAGAGGAUGUUGUAAGAGCUUUAUUACAUCUUGAUGUUCCAUUAAUUUCAGUGUAUUUUUCAAAAAAUUCAGAAGAGAAUGAAUUACUGAGAAUUUAUACCUUAGAAAUUAUACAAUUUCUAUAAUAGAGUUAAAACGCUGGGGGUAAAAUUCUUUAAUUAUCCUGACAAAUUUUAAGCUUUCAAACUCAAUUUGUUUGCAUUGUAUUCAUUAUUAGGCUAUUCUGAUGAGAUCACUUUUCUAACCUGUUUAUUAAGAACUGGUUUACAAUCUAAUCAUAUGCAUGUUUGCUUUGAAGUAAGUCCCAGGGAGUUUAAUGGGAUUUACAAGUUCUGUCCAAUUGUAUCCUCUGGCAACCACUCUGUGCCCACUUACAGUCUUUGGGAGAAGACCUUGAAAUAUGGAGUGGGGAUAUAAAAAUGGAAAGGCAAACUAUGCCAUCCCCUUUCAUCCUAUGCUAUCGUUUUGGUCAUGAUUAAGCAAUAAAGAAUUCUGGUUUGGGACCUGUAAGUUAUAAACAUAUAUUUUGAAAUCAAUCUGAAGAGCCCUCUAGAUGUUUUGCAGCUAGAAUUCUAAGAAUUCUCAGCCAACAUGGAUUUUUGGGAGUUGUAGUUCCAAAAGAUGUGGUAGUUUUUAAUUUAGGGAUGAUGAUAUUAUUUUGAAUCAUUUUUACUACCUCGAGUUAAAUAAGAACUGGAAAUGGCAUUAAAAGCAUUUAAUACUUUUCCCUGUAUCUAGUCAAGCAUCAACAACAUAGCGAAUUGUUUUAUUUUGUGAUAUUUUAAUUCAGUUGAACUCAAAACACAUUUUUUCCUAAUUCAUAUACACAUGAAGCCUUUCAGUUGUUGAGGUUUUUUUUUCUUUUGGUCUAUUUUUGAAGAUUGUUAGAGUCUUUCUUCCUUGCCUUUGCUGGAAAGCAUAUUACAUUGCCCUUGUCAGUAAUAAAAACAGUUCUUCUGGAGCUACUUUGAUAACACUAUUGCUGUAUACUAUGACUGUAUUAGGUCUGUGACAUCAGUAAUAAUAGGAGGAAAGCCCAUCAUCUGGGCUUUAAACUUUAAAGUUGAAACUUUAAAACAGUUUCAACUGGAGAAGGUAUAGGGCAGAUUUGCAAAUAAUCAUUUAUUUUAUUGCACAGUAGCCUGUGCAGUCUAUUAAAAUUUUAAAAAAUAAUUGGACAGAGCCUAAAACUAUUUUAUGUAGUAAAAUCUUAUCACUUGUUAAAGGAUCCCUACUUCUCCACUUCUUACUACUUGAUUGCUUCUCCAGCAUUUGGUGUGUGUUUUUUUUUUAACUGAACAAAAUCACUACCUUACACAGGAAGAUUUUUCAUUUUCACUUAUUUUUCCCUGUCAUUUUCACUUAUUUUCAAAUACUUGCCGCAAUCGGUAAGAUUGGGGCUAAUAUUACAGAAAAAACUAUUUAAAAUGAAUAACAAUUCAGUUUUUAUUUGAAUAAAGUAUAUGAUAAAAUAAUUAAGUCACAAUAAUAUGUGCAGACUAUUCUUCCACAUUAUAAAUACUUGUUCCUUGACAGUCAAGGAACAGUUUUAGUAACAUACUUGAGAAGUGAAUAAAAAUCCAUAUAAAACAAUAUUCAAUUUCCAUCAGAGCACACAGAUAAAUGUGACCUGUUACACAUGUCUAAGCUUUCCAAACAUUUAAAAAUUCUAGCAAGAUUUUUUUCUGGUAUAAAAAUCCAUCCCUACACCUGCACAUUACCUAACAGUGUAAUCAUAAAUUAGCAUUCAGUCUGCUGGGCCUUUGCAGUGGUAGACGAAAGUGAGUGAGUUUAGCAUUUAACUUGUCGGGCCAUUGUUUUUCUUCAGAACAAAUGGAAAGAUAAGAAGCUUUGCAAAUCAGGCUGUCUCCCCACUAAGCAUAAUGUGAACCCUGAGAGCUCAGGUUGAUUUUAAUACAGAUGUCACUCACUAAUGGCUGCAUUAAAUGUUACAAUUAAGUAGACAUAGAUUUGCCUAUUGUAGUUAAAAUUAAUUAAGCUUGGGCUGGUCAUUAACGUAACCCCAGCAAACAACAUGGGCUCAAUUGUUUCUCAUAUCUUAAUAGAAGGAAAUUGGGGCAAAAAUAAACGUAUGAUUAGAUUUUUAAGUGGUUCUCAUCAGGUGGCUACAUUAUAAUUGUGCUAAAAUUUAAUUUUUUUAACAAUAGGAUCUAAAAGUCUGCCCGAAAACAGAAGCUGCAACUAUGACAGGAAAAAGAGUUUUUCAAUAGUCAAGGACACCUGAUUUAUAAUAUUUUCUAUGGUUCUUCCCAACUGAGAGAUAAUUUGCAUUCCAGUCUGAACAUAAAUCUGUCUCCCACCCCUCACCCCCAUAUAUCUUGCAGACAAUCACCUUGAACAUGUUUAGUAAAGAAACUGCAGGUUUCAAGGAUUUCCAUGUUGAAAAAAGUGAUGAAUGUGUUGGACGUAAUGAUAAAAGUCUGCAGUACUGAAAGCCAAAAUUUUAACUCAAAUGUUAAGUCCCACAGGGGUUUCCACACUGCAGCUUCAUGGCAGAUAUUCUGCAACUACAUUUUUUGCAAAAGGAUAGGACAGUUUAUACCGUAAGCUUUUGUUAUCUCCAGUCAAUUUUCUUUCCUCCAUUAUUCUGAAGUGAAGGUCAUAAUUACUCAAAAUGGUAAAAGACCAGCAAUCAUCUGCAUAUCUAAAAGUGGUCCUGUGUGAUUCACAUGUAAAGCUAGGAUAUAGUCUGCUCUUGCCACAUAUAGAUUGGCCUUUAACAAUUUGUCAUCUGAUUUCCAAGAAUCCCAAAUGAUAUUCCAUCUUAGUUUUCCUCCUGUGGUAUUAAGAAAUUAAGCUGUUGAUUGCAGCGGUAUGGCCUGGCCUUACAGCUCUCCUGUUCCUCUUAGGGCUUCUGUUCUCAGCUGCAGAGGCGUUUGUACAGUACAAGUGGAUUUAAAAUAUUCUGGUAUGCUAUUUUCAUGUUGUAAAAUACAGGAAUUCUUGUUGGAGCAAAGAAUUUGCUUAUUUGUUCCCUCUCUGUUCCUGCAUUGUGUGACAGCUGCAUAUGUAGUUAUUCUGUUAUCUUUCUUGAUGGUGGCUAUUGGUGAUUUGAAGGCAUCCAUUUAUGCGGUUUCCUAGAUGAACUCUAAGUAGGACCUCUAAGUGGGAAGUUUUUCCACUGCAGGAGUGAACUAUAUGUUCACUGGCAAUUUUAAAAGCUUGUAAAUGCCAGCGUUUCUCAACCUUGGCAACUUGAAGAUGUCUGGAAUUUAACUCCCAGAAUUCACCAGCCAGUUUGGAAGCUGAAGUCCAUACAUCUUCAAGCUGUCAAGGUUGAAAAGCACUGGAUUAACAAGAGACCUUGGUAAUUUCUUCAAGUAAUAAGUGUUACCAUUGAUUAAUUUCUCCAAAAUUAUUAGAUAAUUAAACAUUAUCCUUCAAUUCCAAGCAUUUGGUUGAACUGUUUUUUUUUUUUAAUGAUCUUGUUACUCAUUCUAAUUAUAUAAUGGGAAUAAUUACUGUGCAAAAGUAUGGCAUGAGAGCAUGCUUUCUUGUGACUGAUAACUUAUAUAUGGUACAUGAAAUAUCAAGGUACUGCAUAGAUUUAUCUGGAUUUUAAUUUUUUUUCUAAGGGAAGUAUAACAGUGCUGUAGCAUUGACUUCAUAUCAUGCUGUUCAGAACAAUGUAUGUACAAGACUAAUCUUGAUUUUUGCAAUAUUUCUAAUGCCCAUUAAUGUCUUAAUUUUAAGGCUGAAAAUAUUUAAGUAUAUUGCACAUAAAUGCUAACAAAUUUAUUUCCACUGUUAACUUGCAAAUGCAAGAUUGUUUAAAAAAACAAAGGGAAAGGGAAAUCUGAAACAUGAUUUUUCAAUGUAGCCUUUUAAAAUCUGUUUGAGUUAAAAACAGAUUUUUUUUAAAAGGGGUUUUAAUUGUCUUGUUUUCAGUCUUCUCUAAAUUAUGUAAAUGGUGGUAUGUGUUAUAUGCUGGAUAAAAUGUACAUAAUUGUUAUCUUUUGUGUUUUUCUGUUAUAUACAUACAUACACAUACACACAUACAGAAAUGUACAUACAUAUCUCAAGAUGUGGACUUGUAUUAUAAUAACUGUUCCCAGUUUUAGGGGAACUUUGUGCAAUAAAUACAAGUUUGUCCCUUUAA